UAACUUACUAUAAAUAUUUUUCUUGAUUAGUUCAUAUUUUAUUAACUCAAUGAAUUGUGAAGUUUUGUCACUUAUCUUAGAGAAAAAGGCUAGCAAAGUUACUAUACACUGUUAUAAUAAUGGCAGGUAACAUGUUAAGAGGGUUUACUUAUGCUAGCCACUAUUGUAAGUAUGUCAUUGAUUAAUUCUCUAUAUAUAGAGAGAAAACUCUAUAAGGUAAGUAGGAUUAUCCCCAUUUUACAGAUCAGAAAAUGAGGAUAAAAAAUUAAGGUUAAUUUCUUUUAGAAGGUCAUAUUGGGACACAUACUUAGGCAACCUGACCCCAUUUUCUGUGCUCCAUUGUUUGUUUUGAUAAAACAAUUAGAAAAGAAUGAAGAAACUAAAAGUUGAAGAAAUGUUUUUUGUAACGUGAAAAUUUUUUAGACUUGAAAAUAUAGAUUUUUUUUUCAUAUCCUUUACCAUUUUAAAAUUAUAGCCUAGAAGCAUUAAGAAUAACCAAUUUUUCUUUAUCUUAGGGAACUAAAAAGUGGUAAGUUAGGGUGUUACUAUGGAAGAAUACCAAAUGUUCAAGGUAAAUCAGCCGACUUUCCACAUGUAUUUAUUUGAUCAUUGAUUGUGGGAAAGGUGGGAAGCUGAGAAGGUACCAAAGUCUCUUGGCAUGAUUUUUUAUCUGGUUUGGGUCCCCCCUCCCAUAGAAACAAUUAAAAAGUUGGAUUAGGUAACAUAAGAGUAAAAAAACCUCUUGUAGACCAAACUGUAUUUGAAUUUAUUUGAAGUUGAUGCUGUAGAAUUGCCAUAUUAACAAUUUGUAUUUGUGUAUCUAUGGUUUUAGGUAUAUUAGAAGCUAACCUUGGAUCUUAUGAGUAGAUCUUGAAUGUACGUUUUGUUUGUUUUUGUUUAGUUUUGUUCCUUAGUUUCAGCCAUUUCAAAAUUGGAAUUCCUCUCUUGUAGGAAUGCUAGUUCUAUAAAAUGACUUAGUUCUAUAUAGUUCCAUAGAAUGAUUUAGUUGCUUUAUCUAUAGUUGGGGGAGAAUUGAGUGUUUUGAUGAAAGGAUGCUAUCUAGAAUUAUUUCAUUCCUAGGAUAAAGGAAAAUUUGUGUUCAAAAUGUCUUUAAAUGUAUUAAACUGUAUCCCUUUAGUCUUAAUGAUACACUUUUUUUCUUGUAAAUGUAGCACAUUGAGCACUAGCAGUCUUCAGUAUGGUAAACAGAUCAACUGCCAACUUCAUUGCUGUUUCUUUUUGAAAUAGCCUUCAUUGAGAGUUCUUGGAACCUCACUGUCUAAUAAAGUAAAAUACAAUAAAAAAAUUUUACACAACUAGAAAAAAAAUUUGACAAAUCUCUUAGGAGACCACAUGCUUAUUUUUAAUAAAUUGAAUGAAAUGUAUCCAACCUGUAAAAUAGUUUUCAAAUGUCCAUGUGCUACAUUACAUUGCCAGAGUUCUUCUUACAGAUGCAAUUUCCUACAGUAUUAAAUCUGCAGUAAAAUUAGUUACUCGCACUUAAAUUUGGGAAUUUCAUUUGCAUUUUCACUGUGCCCCACAUGACUGAUGCAGGUGGAACUCAAAGAAGUAAAUAGACCAGCUUAUAGUGUCUGAAGCCCAACUUUGAAUGUUACCCAUCUCCGAUUGCAUUAAAGAAUCUAGAAUUGGUGGUUCCGCUAGCUAUAAUGUAGUUAAACAUCUUCCUGUACCUCAGAGAUCUCUAAAAUGCUUCAUUUAUAGCAUCAACCAAAGAAUGGAUGAAAAGAAAGCAGGGAUAUAAGCAGAAAAUAGAAUGGAAUUAAAAUCCAAGAGAAACAGUAGAUAAUAAAAACAGACCCAUAAGAAAUUCAGGUAAUUGAGUUAUUAGAUUUUAGAAAACUGAGCUUAUUAUGCUCAAGAAUAAAAGAAGUAAGACAGUUGAGAAGUAAGGUAAAACUAUUAAGAAGCAAAUAGAAUUCUAAAACUAAUACUAUGAAAAUUUAAUGUUUGGGAAUAAUAUUAGACCAAACAGAACUGAAGACAGAAACUUUUGACUAAAUGAUUUAUCAGUAGAAAAUAUAGAGUCUAAAGCUUAGACGAAAUAAUGGGAAAUAUAGAAAAAAGCUAAGGCAUAAAUGGAAUGCAGUAAAUAAGUUUAACAUGCAUGCAUACAGUUGGAAUCUUGGAGAGGAAAGAAGAAAUGGGUAGAACUACUACUUAAGGAGGUAAUAGCUGAGAAUUUUCCCAAGCUGAGAAAGGUGUCCUGCUUUAGAUUAUGAAUGCUAAAGAAAUGCUAUGAAUCUCAAACUGAAAUAAUACAAACUGUACCCAAUAGAAAUGUUGAAAAGCAAAGGCAAAAAGAUAUUUCUAACAAUAGCCAAAGGAAAAGUAUCUUCAAAAUAAAGAUAAGGCAAAGUAAUGAUUUCUCAAGAGAAACCAUGGAAGCCAAAAAGCAAUGAACUAUCUUUGUUAAAAGAAAAUAAUUACCAAUUACUACUAGUUAAAAGAAAAUAAACUAUCAACUACUAGUUAAAAUACCAACUACUAUAAAAGAAACUACCAACUACUAGUUAAAAGAAAAUAACUACCAAUAUCGGAUUUUGUGACUAAGAAAAUAAUCCUUCAGGGAGGAAGGUGAAAAAAGCCAUUUUCAAAUAAAAACGAAUUGAAUUUGUUACCAGCAGAUUUGUACUGAAGGCAAUACGAAAUAAUCUUAAGAAUGGUUGGAAAAUAUUCCAGAUGAGAGCUUGGAGAUGCAGGAAAAAAUGUAGACAAAAUGUAAAUGUUGUGAGUAAAUCUUAAGAUGGACUGUUGAAAACAUUAAUAAUAACUUUUAUGGAGUUGAAAAUGUGAAUAAAACUGCAUAAUAAUGUUAGCAUGUAAGUUAAGAUAAUACUCUCCACCAUGUUCCCUAGUGAUACCCAACUCCUCAUAUCCAUGUUCUUGGGCACUCUCUUCCAUGUUGUACUGAGGUUGGUCUGUGUGGCCAAUAGCAUACUCAGUACUCAUGGUACAUCACUUUCAAGAUUAGGUUAUAAAAAACACUGCGGCUUACAUCUUGGGUGCACACGCACUCUAGCUGUCUCUCUUUCUCAUUUCUCACUCGGGGAAUUCAACUGCAUUUGGCGAGGACACUCAGGCAGCCUAUGGAGAGGCCCACAUGGUGAGGAACUGAGAUCUCUGGCCAAUAGAGAGGAACGGAGGCCUGCAACAACCAUGUGGUUGAACAGGGUAUGUUUGUAAAGCACUGCAAAGUAGAAGUAUAUCUCACAGAAUUGAAGCUAUGUGAAAAUGGAAACAUGAACAAUGUUGUAACUCGAAGAUUUAGCAAAGCCGACACAAUAGAUACAAUUGAAAAGGAAAUAAGAAAAAUCUUCAAUAUUCCAGAUGAAAAGGAGACCAGAUUGUGGAACAAAUACAUGAGUAAUACAUUUGAACCACUGAAUAAACCAGACAGCACCAUUCAGGAUGCUGGUUUAUACCAAGGACAGGUAUUAGUGAUAGAACAGAAAAAUGAAGAUGGAACAUGGCCAAGGGGUCCUUCUACUCCUAAGUCCCCAGGUGCAUCCAAUUUUUCAACUUUACCAAAGAUCUCUCCUUCAUCUCUAUCAAAUAAUUAUAACAACAUCAACAACAGAAAUGUGAAAAACUCAAAUUACUGUCUCCCAUCAUAUACUGCUUAUAAGAACUAUGAUUAUUCAGAACCUGGAAGAAACAAUGAACAGCCAGGCCUCUGUGGUUUAAGUAACUUGGGAAAUACGUGUUUCAUGAACUCAGCUAUUCAGUGUUUGAGCAACACACCUCCACUUACUGAGUAUUUCCUCAAUGAUAAGUAUCAAGAAGAACUGAAUUUUGACAAUCCCCUAGGAAUGAGAGGUGAAAUAGCUAAAUCUUAUGCUGAAUUGAUCAAGCAAAUGUGGUCUGGAAAGUUUAGCUACGUCACCCCAAGAGCCUUUAAGACACAGGUAGGACGUUUUGCACCUCAGUUCUCUGGAUAUCAGCAGCAAGACUGUCAAGAACUAUUAGCUUUCCUACUAGAUGGAUUACAUGAGGAUUUGAAUAGAAUUAGGAAAAAACCAUAUAUACAAUUAAAAGAUGCAGAUGGAAGGCCAGAUAAGGUGGUUGCUGAAGAAGCCUGGGAAAACCAUUUAAAACGAAAUGAUUCUAUCAUAGUAGAUAUUUUUCAUGGCCUUUUCAAAUCAACUUUAGUUUGUCCUGAGUGUGCUAAGAUUUCAGUAACAUUCGAUCCUUUUUGUUACUUGACACUUCCAUUGCCCAUGAAAAAAGAGCGUACCUUGGAAGUUUACUUAGUUAGAAUGGAUCCGCUUACCAAACCUAUGCAGUACAAAGUGGUUGUCCCCAAAAUUGGAAACAUAUUAGAUCUUUGUACAGCAUUGUCUACUUUGUCAGGAAUACCUGCAGAUAAGAUGAUAGUUACUGAUAUAUACAAUCAUAGAUUUCACAGAAUAUUCGCUAUGGAUGAAAACCUUAGUAGUAUUAUGGAACGGGAUGAUAUUUAUGUGUUUGAAAUUAACAUCAAUAGGACCGAAGAUACAGAGCAUGUGAUUAUUCCUGUUUGCCUAAGAGAAAAAUUCAGACACUCAAGUUAUACCCACCAUACGGGUUCUUCACUUUUUGGUCAACCUUUUCUUAUGGCUGUACCACGAAACAAUACUGAAGACAAACUUUAUAAUCUCCUGCUCUUGAGAAUGUGUCGAUAUGUCAAAAUAUCUACUGAAACUGAAGAAACUGAAGGAUCCCUACACUGCUGUAAGGACCAAAAUAUUAAUGGGAAUGGCCCAAAUGGCAUACAUGAAGAAGGCUCACCAAGUGAAAUGGAAACAGAUGAGCCAGAUGAUGAAUCCAGCCAGGAUCAAGAACUUCCCUCAGAGAAUGAAAACAGUCAGUCUGAAGAUUCAGUUGGAGGAGAUAAUGAUUCUGAAAAUGGAUUAUGUACUGAGGACACUUGCAAAGGUCAACUCACGGGACACAAAAAACGAUUGUUUACAUUCCAGUUCAACAACUUAGGCAAUACUGAUAUCAACUACAUCAAAGAUGAUACCAGGCAUAUAAGAUUUGAUGAUAGGCAGCUUAGGCUAGAUGAAAGAUCUUUUCUUGCUUUGGAUUGGGAUCCUGAUUUGAAAAAAAGAUAUUUUGAUGAAAAUGCUGCUGAGGACUUUGAAAAACAUGAAAGUGUGGAGUAUAAACCUCCUAAAAAACCCUUUGUGAAAUUAAAAGAUUGCAUUGAACUUUUUACAACAAAAGAAAAGCUAGGUGCUGAAGAUCCCUGGUAUUGUCCGAAUUGCAAAGAACAUCAGCAAGCCACAAAGAAAUUGGAUUUGUGGUCCCUGCCUCCGGUACUUGUGGUACAUCUCAAGAGAUUUUCUUACAGUCGAUAUAUGAGAGACAAGUUGGAUACCUUAGUUGAUUUUCCUAUCAAUGACUUGGAUAUGUCGGAAUUCUUAAUUAAUCCAAAUGCAGGUCCUUGCCGCUAUAAUUUGAUUGCUGUUUCCAACCACUAUGGAGGGAUGGGAGGAGGACACUAUACUGCUUUUGCAAAAAAUAAAGAUGAUGGAAAAUGGUACUACUUUGAUGACAGUAGUGUCUCCACUGCAUCUGAAGACCAAAUUGUGUCCAAAGCAGCAUAUGUACUCUUCUACCAGAGACAAGACACUUUCACUGGAACUGGCUUUUUUCCUCUUGACCGAGAAACUAAAGGUGCUUCAGCUGCCACUGGCAUCCCAUUAGAAAGUGAUGAAGAUAGCAAUGAUAAUGACAAUGAUAUAGAAAAUGAAAACUGUAUGCAUACUAACUAAUGAAAGUCCCAGAAGCCAUAAAAGAGAGACUUUCCUGCUGGUGGUAUCUGUGGAAAUGAUGAAGUUACCCACCACAUUAAAACAAAAGUCUGAGAUGGGGAGUUUCAGAUAACCGAAUGUAAAUCCUUUAUCAGAUUUUAACUUGUGCAGUACUUGAAGUGAAACACAAUGAAAACUUUAACAAAUUGUCUCUUAAUACAUUUACAGUCUUGUAUUUACAAGCUAAAUAUAUAUAGGAAAUCACAAAUAAAUCCCUUUUAAGUUUGCUGCUGUUUUGAUUAAUUAUGUUUCCUUUGAUUUUUUUUUUUGGAUGUGAGUUAAUUGAUGACAAAUGUUAAAUUUGUAGAUGUUGGUCAUUUAUUUUGCUUUAAUAAUACUGCAAGAAAACUAUGGCUGAACUUAGUUUUUGGAUAAUCUAGUUCAUGUGCAUUAGGCUGCCGUAUAUACUACUAUGAUAUUUAGCUGCAGUAUCAGUGUGGCAUAAAUACUGCGGCAGCAUUCUUCAGAAACCACAUUUCCAAAUUUAUCCCGGUAAUCAAUGUGGGCCUAUUAAAAAACUAAAUCAUGAUACAAGAAACAGUCUUAGAAAAGAUAUUUCUUUUUGUAGUAUCAUUAAAAAUCCAGAAUAUUAUAUUCAUUUUACUGCCAAUGUGGAAACAGGUUCUAGAUUUCAUAUUCCAUCUAAAGUCAUGUUUCAGUUACAUGUAAGUAUUAUCUACUGCUAUUGGGAUCUAUUCUUCAGACGUUCAAAAACAAUUUUGCUUUAAAAUGCAUAUCUUUAAUCUGGUGUUGGUCCAAAAUUAAAAUUUUUGCUGUCUGUUUUUCUCUACCCCAUUUUAUGGUAAUUUGGCAACUUUAAUUCUCCCAAUUAUUGUAAUAUAAGGACAGACUUAAUAGUAUUCUGUAUCCAUAGUAAUAAUUGCAUCAAGCUUAGAUGAGAGAUUUUUUUCAUAUACUGGCCUUUAAAUCAUUAAUGGACAAUUGGCUAUAAAGGUAGGUCUGUUAACUUUCUUUGUGUGUUCCUGAUGGAAUUCACCAUAGCCUUACAGCUUUUCUCAGACGGUAACUUGUUAUAAGAGAAAUGGCAUUUGCAUGUUCCAGAGUCAGAACCUGUACAGUAUAUAAAGCAUAAACACCUUGAAUUUGAUUUUAGUUCACCACAUUCAAGGAUCCAGGAUGCCAAAAAUAUGUGUGAACAUUUGAAACAUUUUUAUUUGCUGCUUUUUCCCUUUGAUCUAGUUGAAAGAAUGUAUUGUAAAUUGGCAUACAAUACUGCCUUUAAUAGAAAACCUAAAUGCUGGGGCACAUUUCACGUAUCGACUACCUGAGAAAUUGCUUUGUGUCCCACUGCUAUUAAAGCAAAAAGUAUAAUGUUCUUCACUUGAACUAAUCAAAUACAAUAGAUUAUAAAUUGUGUAUUGUAAAUAAAAGUUCACUCUGUGAGUGCACAUUUUGGUAAAUUAUUUAUUUAUGUUAGCAUUUAAAAGUUUUAAAAAAAAAAUGCAUUUGACCAGGAUAAAUGAGGUAUGUUGAUCAUGGCUUUGCUUUAUAUCUUGAUAUUAAAGCUGGUUUAACAUCCUGGUAUUUUAAGAAGCUGCUUUGGUUUUUUUUUUCUUCUUCUUCUUCUUUUUUUUUUUUAAUGUAAACUAGCCUCCUGCAUGACAGAGGUUAAAAUUUUGUCUGCACUUGAGUUCACUUGAGUUUACAUUUGAAAUGUGCAUGUUUAUUUAUACAGAUUUCAAUAAAGUUAUUCAAGGCCUUA